AUGCCAUUGUCUGUUCAGCUUACUGGCCCUAAUGGGCGCACAUGGAUCCAGCCCACCGGCUUGUUCAUCAACAAUCAAUGGGUAGAAUCAUCAGAGGGCGAUAAGAUCGCCAGCAUCAACCCCACAACAGCGAAGGAAAUCACGUCUGUCUAUGCUGGUUCAGCAAAGGAUGUUGACACGGCUGUUAAAGCUGCGCGCGCAGCCCUAAACAACUCUACUUGGCGAGACAUGCCGGGCAUUGAGCGUGGUAAACUGAUGAACAAACUCGCCGCCCUUGUCGAAGUAAACAAGGAGACUCUGGCCACCAUCGAGACUUGCGACAAUGGAAAGCCCUAUCUCGUUUCCCUACACGACGACUUGACCGAGACCGCUGAGACAUUCCGGUACUACGCCGGGCACGCAGAUAAAGUGUUUGGACAAGUCAUUGACACUACUCCGGCCAAAUUUACAUAUACCCUGCGUCAGCCAGUGGGCGUUUGUGGUCAGAUUAUCCCAUGGAACUUCCCUCUUUCCAUGGCCGCCUGGAAACUUGGUCCUGCCCUCGCAUGUGGUAACACUGUCGUGUUGAAACCUGCCGAACAGACUCCUCUCUCGGUCCUCUUUCUUGCUAACCUCAUUGUGGAAGCUGGUUUCCCUCCCGGUGUGGUGAAUAUUGUGAAUGGUCACGGUGCCGUUGCCGGUGCCGCUCUGGCUUUGCAUCUGGAUGUUGACAAGAUCGCAUUUACUGGCAGUACUGCUACUGCGAAGGAGAUUAUGAAGAUGGCUAGUAGUAAUCUGAAGAACAUCACUCUUGAGACUGGUGGCAAGAGUCCCCUCAUUGUAUUUGACGAUGCCGAUCUCGAGCAGGCCGUGGAAUGGGCACAUAUUGGGAUCAUGUAUAACCAAGGCCAGAUAUGCACAGCCACAUCCCGGAUCUUAGUCCAAGACGAGAUCUACGACCGCUUUAUUAAGGCUUUCAAGGCCCAGAUCAAGAAUGUCUCUAAGGUCGGCGAUCCUUUCGAUGAGAGCACCUUCCAGGGUCCUCAGGUCACACAAGCUCAAUAUGAGCGCAUCAUGUCCUAUGUUGACGUUGGAAAGGCUGAGAAGGCGACCUUGGAGUGUGGUGGUAAACCCUUCAAGGGAGUGGGUGACGGAAAGGGCUUUUUCAUUGAGCCUACCAUUUUCACAAAUGUGACCUCCGGGAUGCGCAUCUACCAAGAAGAAGUCUUUGGUCCAUUCGCCUGUAUUGCUCGCUUCAAGACUGAGGAUGAAGCUGUUCACAUGGCCAACGACACAAUCUAUGGUCUUGGAAGCGCUGUUUUCACUACAAACCUGACCCGUGCCCACCGUGUUGCGAAACAGAUCGAAGCUGGUAUGGUUUGGAUCAAUUCUAGCAACGAUAGUGAUUGGCGAAUUCCCUUUGGUGGUGUGAAGCAGAGUGGUAUUGGCCGAGAACUUGGAGAAGCUGGCCUCGAGGCUUACUCCAUUGUCAAAGCUGUGCACGUCAACAUGAAGUCGAAGCUUUGA